AUGCGAUUUAUUGGGCAUCGAGGGAAGCAUCAAUCAGAUAAUGCAAACCUUACUUUGAAAAUUGAUGUCAUACAAGCGCAGAAUAUUGAUGUGAUAAAUAAAUUCGAUUGUAAUCCUAUAUGUUUUGUAACUACAAAUACAUAUUAUCAUAAUAAGACAAAUAAAUUGAAAAAUUCUAAUACAAAGUGGAACCAAAUAUUGAAAUUGAAAUUGCCAAAAAAUCCUAAAUCUGAAUGGUUACGAGUUGUAAUAUAUGAUGCAUUGCCUACAAUGGCUCCCUAUUCGCAUAGUACUUCAGCAACUGCUACAUCGAUGGCUUUAAACUCGCCGUCAAUUAGUGCUGCUUCGCUAAACACAAUGACAUCACCGUCAGGAAGUGGACGUGUGAAAAAUAUUUACAAUUCUAGUAAUGGCUCACCUUCACCUAGUGGUUGGGAUUCUCCAAGCUUUAGAAAUCGAUAUAAUUUUGAUGAUCAGGAAGAAUUAAAUUCAUCGAAGACUAAUAACUAUUUAUACCUUGGAGAAGUCCGAUUGUCAUUUUUUGAUAUUUUCAAGAAGAAAGAUACAACUACAAGCUAUAAUUUUGAUGUCCAUCCAGCAUGGUAUCCUGUCUAUGAUAGAAAAAGAAAAACGGCAAUGGCUAAUGAUAGGAUUGGAGAAAUACAGUUGGGUUUCAAAUUGGAGUCCAAUUCCAAAAAAAUACCCGUAUUUCAAUCUUUUAACGAAUGGAAAAAUCAAUUAGAGAAUAAUCUUGAAAAUAAAAAGUAUAUGCAUGAUGUAACAUCGUCGCAAACCUCCUUGGUGAAUCCCAAACUUUCUGAACUUGUAAAUAAUGAUGCGAGAAAAGUGGUUUCUGAAAGCGACCUCGCUGGUUCUAGAACUGACUCAUCUUCUUCUUCAGAUGUUGUUAGCAUUACUUCUCAUCCAGACUUAAUUGUAGAUGAAGAAGAUUUGGAUGUCGAAUAUGACAUCUUAUCUGUGGUAAGCUCUAACAAUGAUCUUAAAAAUAUUGAUGAUGGUGAAGAUGCCAUCGACCUUAAUUUAGAGGAAAAUGACGAAAUUACAAAAGAUGAUCUAUUCGAUAUUAAAGAGAAAGGUUUUGAUUUACAAUCGAUGGUCACAGUGUUAGACGAGUAUGAUGUCGUGACUCCAAAUUCUUCCAAUUCGGCGACGGAGGGUGUCGGUAACAUAUAUGAAUCGUUUAACAAUUUUUCUGAAGGAACAGAUGAUGAAGAGAUGGAAGAUACUACAGAUAUUAGUUUUGAUUCUAUUGGAAACACCUUACUGCAUUUAAAAAAAAGAACCAGAAUGAAAAAAGCUAAAAGGUCCAUGUCAAUCUCGAGUCAUCAUCCAAGUAUGAAUUUUCAUAUUUCAAAAAGAAUACAUGCAUCUGGUGUAUUGUACAUUAAAUUCGAUAAUAUUGAAAACCUGCCGCCUAUGAAAAAUAAGAUAUCAAGAACCACGUAUAUAAUGGAUCCAUUUCUGAUAACAACAUUUGGCAGAAGAGUGUUCAAAACAUCGUGUAAGAAGCAUGUUUUGAAUCCUACAUUUAACGAGUAUGCUGCAUUUGAAGUAUAUCCCACAGAGACAAAUCAUGGGUUUUAUUUCAAAGUAAUGGAUAAAGAUUCGUUUUCUUAUAACGAUGAAGUAGCAGAGUGUACUUUGUCAUGGAUAGAUAUGAUGAAAGAACAAGGCGAUGCAUGUACUUGGAAAACGUAUAAGUUACCCCUGAAAAUUACAAGUGAUUCUGCACCUAAAGAUAGGAAGGAAGCGGUGCUCACUAUAGAAAUGCAGUUUGUACCCUAUAAUCAACUAAAAGAGAACUUUUGGCAGAAGUCGGUUCCAAAUGGUGCAAAGAAAGAAACAUUUGAUAUUAUUGAGUUAAUUUUGUUUUUCGAAAGACUAGGCUCAUUUACAGAUCAAGAUGCCGUAGAUUUCUUUAAACAUUUUGGAAAGGUGGCAUGGACUGGUGAUACUAUAACAAGGCAACAGUUGAUUGAGGGUCUCCAGAGUUGGAACAAAUCAAUCGACUUUAGAAACGUCUGGCGAUGUCCAAGAUGUUUGAAGUCUUGUAAGGCAACGAGACCUUCUCGAAACUCCAAAUUGGUAUUAGAAAAUGAUCUUAUAACACAUUUUGCCAUAUGUACAUUCUCAGGUAAUCAUAAACUUAGAAAAGUAUCGUACGUGUCUACUGCAUUUGCCUCAAAACGAUGGUUCUCAAAGAUGUUGAUAAAGUUAACCUAUGGUAAUUAUGUGUUGGGCUCUAAUAAUGCUAAUAUAUUGGUGGAAGAUAGAGACACAGGUGUAAUUAUUGAUGAAAAGAUUAGUGCUCAUGUUAAAUUGGGUAUGCGUGUAAUCUACAACGGUAAGGGUACUGAAUCCAAGAAGUUCAAGAACCUUUUGAAGACAAUGUCUGUGCGUCAGGGAAAGAAAUUCGAUAGUCCAUCUUCAAUCAAAAAUAUAGAGCCGUUCAUUAAGUUUCAUUCGUUGGAUCUCUCACAAUGUGAAGAAGUUGAAUUCAAGACAUUCAAUGAAUUUUUUUAUCGAAAACUGAAAGCUGGAAGUAGAACACCUGAAGGUGACAAUGAUACCGUACUAGUAUCGCCAGCAGAUUCAAGAUGUGCGAUGUUUUCAAGUGUUCAUAAAUCCAAAGAGAUCUGGGUUAAAGGGGAUAAGUUUUCUAUAUCUCGAUUGACAAGGGGCUUCCAUUCAGAAGUAUUCAAUGAUAAGUCUUGUAGCUUAGGGAUAUUUAGAUUGGCACCACAGGAUUAUCACAGGUUUCAUUCUCCAUGCAAUGGAAAAAUUGGAAAACCUAUUUAUAUUGAAGGUGAAUACUAUACAGUUAACCCAAUGGCUGUUCGGAGUAGUCUGGAUGUUUUUGGAGAAAACGUACGAGUUAUUAUUCCUAUUAAAACGCCCCAAUUUGGAACCUUGCUUUUGAUUGCAGUUGGUGCAAUGAUGGUCGGGUCAAUUGUCCUGACCCUUAACGAAGGGGACGUGGUUAAACGUGGUCAAGAGGUCGGUUACUUUAAAUUUGGUGGUUCUACCAUUAUUCUUGUUGUUCCCUCGAAAAGUGUUAUAUUUGAUUCAGACUUGUUGAAGAAUUCUCUCGAAGGAAUUGAAACUCUUGUAAAGGUUGGAAUGAGUAUCGGACAUUCGCCAGAAAGUUUAGAAUAUCGACGUCAACGUGUCAAGAUUAAGAACUCUAAACAACUGGAACAAAUUAAGCGUAGUAUCACUGUAACUGAGGAGAAUGCUGAAGAUAUUGGCAAUGUUCCAUGGCAAUAUAGAGCUUUAGAGAAAUUCAUCGAGCAUGAUCCUUUAGAUUCAUUGGGAACCUCAGACUACGAUGACGACGAAAAGAGUGCUAGUGUGCCAUAA